GGCGGCGGGAGGAGGAGGAAGGAGGCAGCCUCGCUCGCUCGCUCCCUCCGCCGAGGCUCCCGGGGCUCCGCCGCGCUUGGAAGGCGCCUCCUGGGCAAAGUGGAAAGCCGGGCGAAGCCUUCUGGUCUUUGGCAUCCCUCCCCUUUGCAAGGUAUGAACCCCUCCUCUGCCUCGGAGAUGCGCCCCUAUGAAUGCAACCAGAAACACCAAUGCUUCUCAGCCAUGGAGCCGGGCCUAUCUUUGACAGGAGACUGGGAAGCCCCUGAGGAGGAAGAGGAGAAGGAGGAAGAAGAAGACAGCAGUCAGUUCUUGAAUGUGCACAUGCGCCGUCCACGGACCUUGAGAGGAUCCAGUCACACGUACGAUUCCUUCCGAAGGCAUAGUUGGGAGCCGGGGAAAGUAUUGGAAGAAGACACAGAUUUUGACCAGCGAAGCUUAAGUUUGAAGGAACUGGCACCUGAUGGACUUGACUCUACAGAGCAACUGGAUGGGCAUUCCUUGGGAAGGAGAGACCCCCAACGAGCCCCUAUUAUUCAUAGCAACAAUGAAAUGGGAUCCCUCUUUUCUCAGGAUGAAGAGGAUGAGGAUGGUCAGAGGAUGUCUCAGGUAAGUUUGCCAGAUUCCGGACAGACAAAUUUAGAGAGUAAAUUUCAUAGGAAUACGCAGAAAAAAGUACCAAGGAUCCCACAGUUCAGUGAUGAGUACAAAUAUUCUAUGUUUUGUGAUGAAUUAGUGCCGUGUAGCAGCCCUGUAUCUCAACAUGGAGGUUAA